AAGUGCAAAACACACUCAACUCUCAAGAAAUAGCUUCAGAUUUAGGCUAAAAUGGCAACCCAGAAAGGGAAGAAGACGGUGCUAAAAUUCGACUCCGAAGAAGAUGUAUCAAAGGCACUCGCGAAAUACACUGCUGAUCUAUCGGAAAAAUUCAUCAAACAAAAAGGUUCUUUCACUGUUGUGCUCUCUGGUGGUUCUCUUAUCGACACCAUGAGGAAAUUGGUAGAGCCGCCGUACAAAGACUCAAUUGAGUGGUCGAAAUGGUGGAUUUUUUGGGUGGAUGAAAGAGUGGUUCCUCUAGGUCACGAUGAUAGCAAUUACAAACUUGCUUUGGAUGGGUUUCUUUCUAAGGUUCCAAUCCCCUCUUCUAACAUUUAUGCGAUUAAUGACAAGGAGUCACCUGAGGGUGCAGCAGCUGAUUAUGAGGCUCGUCUGAAAAAAUUGGUUGAAAGCAAAGUUCUGCCCUUGUCAGCUAUUAGUGGAUUCCCCAAAUUUGAUCUUAUGCUAUUAGGUAUGGGGCCAGAUGGACAUGUAGCGUCUUUGUUUCCUUUGCGUCCUCACCGCCAUGAGAAGGAGCGGCUGGUCACCUUCAUUACAGACUCACCAAAACCUCCUCCACCAAGGAUUACUUUCACAUUUCCGGUAAUUAAUUCGGCUUCAGAGAUAGCAAUGGUGGUCACAGGAGCAGAGUUAGCUAAUAUGGUUGAUGUCGCUCUGGGUAAUGCACCUCCUCCUGAUGGGAUUCCUCCCCCUUGUACUGAGGUGUCAGCUGAAGAGGAACUGACCUGGUUUUUAGACAAGGAUGCUGCAUCAAAACUACAGACCUCUGGAUGAUUUUGCUAUCUAUGUGAUAUAGUUAAUAAGGGUAAUCCAAAUAGGAUUUGAGGUAUAAAGUUUGGUGCCCCUUGAAUGUGUUGCCUAGUGAUGGUUAACCAUCCUUGCUUGGUACUUAUUAUAACUUUAACUUUAUCCUCUAGAAGGUAAAAGUUAUGUAAGAUAUGAAGAAUUGCAUACUCUAUAAGGUUUGAUAACUUCUCUUUGCGAACUGAGAUCCGUGAUCAGAAUAUAAUACAUUGGUAUUCAGUAUUGUA